AUAGCAAUUUGCCUUUACUGUUUAAAAGAAAUUUUCAUGUUCCGUGACUUCAUUAGUUCUGGUGUUCCGAUCAUUAGUCUUCUGGGGUUCUAAUCGUUAGUUUUUACUCCAACAGACAAAUUCCGCUGCCCGACUUCUCAACUCGUAGAUUCUUUCUUUCCCCAUAAUUUUGGGGGGGAAAAAAAUGAAGAUCACCGCAUAUUCUCCUAAAUCCUCCAGCUGGAUUCUUCUUCUGCUGACUCUUUCUUUUCUUCUUACGUCGUCGUUUGCUUUCCAAUCGGACGAGCUCCUCGUGGACGACGAAGAAUUCGGUCUUGAAGGGGGCUCGGGAUCCACCCCUGAUGUGGGCUCCACUAUUCCAGCCCGACCAUCUCAGCCGGCCCGGAAAAGGUCUCCUCCGGAUUUUAGUUCCGGAUCCGACCUAGACUCCAAGGUCCAGUUCACUCUGGAGCACGCCUUCGGUGACUCCGAUUUCUCUCCUGCCGGUACCUUCGCUGCCCGGGUAAAGAAUUCGCCGCAUAGCGGUCAGACUCUGACAAAGCUUCGAUUCUCGAGGACUGAUUUUACUGCUGCAGAUAAGGAUAAUUUCAAAAAACUUCUGGAAGCUGAUGACUUUUAUAGGAUCAGAAUACCAUCAAAUCUAUUAACUCCUCCUGGCAGAGAUUAUGUUAUUUCAUCUGUGAAAGCGAGAUGUCUUCCACGUCAUGGCUUGGAUGAGCACAUUGUCAUUCACAUGGAUGGUGUCAAUGUCUUGGCUGUUAACUAUGGUUCUCAAGGAGCAUGUCAAUAUCCUCGGCACUUGAAAUUUCCAAAAAGGUGGUUGUUUAACUCGCACACUGUCUUAAAGAGUGGUGAGCAGGCGCCAAGAACUCCAGUAUUUUCUGAAGAAACUGCUGUUGGUGAGAAUGGAGAAGGUGAAGGAGUAGCACCUCCAGAGAGAUCAUUUUGGGCUAAAUAUUGGAUGUACUUGCUUCCUCUGGGACUUAUUGUGAUGAAUGCUAUGACCCAAGCAAUGAACAUGCCUGAGGAACAACAGGGUGGUGGACAAGCUGGCUCUCAGGUGCAGCAACGUGGACAAAGUGCUGCAGUGCGAAGAAGAUGAGUGGGAUGAAGGAAAUAGGUCUGAACAGGAGUUUGCGUUGGCCAGUCAUCAAUAUGAAAGCAUUACAUGCAAGGUUAUUUUUGCCUGGCUGGAAAUCCAGUUUGGAUCUCGUCCGUCUUGUGGGAAUUUUGGAAGCAAGUUCUUUUCCAGCACACUGGUUUGGACUGAUGUUUUAGCUUGUGCCCGUCCCAUAGUCUUUUUUGCUUUGAGGUGGCCAAUACUUGAUGCAUCCACAAUUUUUUCAAAGAAAAUUUCCUGGAUAGUCCCAUGCUGAACAUUCAUGUAUGAUUACUAUUAUUUUGGUUGUGGCCCAUGUUUUGUAA